UUGCGCGGGCACUUUUGGAAAUGGCGCAGGUUGAGGAAAGCGACGUGGAGGGACAUACAUUAGAGUCUCUCAGGCUAUACGAGGCGCAGUUCUUUGGUUUCACGCCACAGACUUGCAUGAUGAGAAUUCACAGUGCCUUUCUCGACUGUCUAUACGAAAUGCUAUUGGUCGUGGAAUCCGUUGUCGUUAAGAAGUUAUCCCGUGGGAAAGAGCCAACAGAGGAGCUGUGUUUGAAGACGCGAGAAAGCACCCAAAAACUGCUGCAAUUUCUUCAGGAACGAUUUAAGAUUCUCUCGAGUCGUAUGGAGAGCCUCUUGGUAAACAGUGUCCUUUCAAUUCCACCAAACGUUCUGCUACCAGAGGACCAGUCGCACCAAAAAUAUCCACAAAGCACAGACCAGCUUAUGAAAUUGGAAUCCUCCGUCGCACAACUGCAAAAGUCUUAUCAGGCAGAGGUAUGUGCUAAGCAAGCCCUCCUUGCUGAAUUAGAGGAACAGAAAGAGACGCAGCAUCAACUGGAGGACGUUCUCAAGUGGAUUGAGGAGCUGCGGUCGUCGUGGAAACAAGAGGGCAUGGGCAACGUUCAGGGCAGUUUCUGUCACGUGAUGGAAACAGUUGCUCAGCUGCAGGACAUUAUUGGAAAGGUUGGCAAAAAGACUAAAAGACUUGAUGAACUGUGA